CCUGAAGUAAUCCCAGGUCAUCCACAAAGUUUGCAAUAAUCCGGAGUCCCGGUCGACAUUGCUCCAGCUCCCUCAGCCUUCUCCUCCCCACCUCUCCGAUGUCAUUCCCAACAAUGCUGAUGGCGGAGAAAAUAACCAUAACUUGGUGGUAUAUUCCUUCACCUGGUCCUCCUCGAAGCCAAGCACCACACAACAUCUUUGGAAGAAACGCUUGGGCGCUUCAGUAGAUGGUCUUGUCGUGAGAAUGACUGAUGCCUCUGGGAGAAGGCUUCCCUUGAUUAAAGCCACCAUCAGCUCUGACACCGGCACCUUUGAACGCACGUCAAUGUUUUUGUCGGGACUGCUCCAGUCCAAGGUGAAUUUGAACUCAUCUAAUCCAUCCAAGAUGAAGAGCAAAGAGCUUGGGGAAGUGAACAGAGCAGGUAGAGCUACCUCCAGGUACCGGAACCGUUCUCCAAGCAGCUCCAAUAAGCUCAGCGGUGCUUCAAUCAGAUUGAGCUCUCUGAAGCGAAGGUCAAAAAUGCAGGGCUUCGUCCCGAUGUUCCUUGGGGGCCCAAUAGAUGGCACGGCCGGAUGCGCUGGCAAGCCUGAUGGACAUAGAUGCGAGCUCGUCUGCUCGCCAGGUCAAAGUACUCAUGUUGACUGCUGUCAACAAAGUCAUUGUCUUCUGUCACAAAAAGGCGCAGGCGCUGGCUUACUGACACCAUCCCUGCAGUGUCUCUCCACCCAGACCUGCAGAUCUCUGCAGUAAUAAUCCUGCACCUCUCUCAGCACCUGCAGGAACUUUUGGCUGCUCUCCUCACUGGCACACACCAUCUCUAGAGCCUGGGCCACGGCAUUGGAUGGUGACCUCUCCAGCAGAGACAGAGCAGGGUUGCAGUCAUGCACGUGGACACUGUCUUCAUUGUGUGUUCUCUCAUUUUUGCAGCCUUGUGGAGGAGGGUCCAGGCUGUCUCCCCUGUGCCCUCAGUCCCUGACCAUGUCCAAGCACUGGUGGGCUCCUGUGUGGUGAUUCCCUGCUCCUUCACUCCCCUAGCUCCGCCUCCCCUCAGGGGGAAGAAGAAGGUGGACGUCCGGAUGAGGUUCAGAGGUGGUGGCCACUUCUUCCCUCUCCGCAGCACAGCUUUUAACAGCGAGGACAGAGAUCAAGUGAGUCGGGAUUUCCAAGGUCGGACAUCCCUCUUUGGGCGGAUCACUGAUGGAGACUGCUCAGUGAAGAUCGAAAGGAUCAACCGGGAUGAUGAACGGGUGUUUGAGAUCGCUCUGAAGAGUGGCGAGGACUUUCUUUGGGGGAGGCCAAGGAGCUUCAAUCUGGAUGUUGUGGACACCCCUGAGGCUCCUGUCAUCAGCGGUACGUUGUCAGCCUCAGAGGGACAGCUGGUCACCCUGAACUGCUCCGUCAGCUAUCAUUGCCCCUCCAGACCUCCUUCCCUGCGGUGGAGCUGGGAGAGAGGAGCCCAGCUGAACAGCACUGAGCCUGGAGAGGUACAGAGCCUCCACCCAGAGGCCCAGAGGCCGAUGUUACUGGCCCCUCUGUCCUUCACUGUGUCACACCAGGUGAAACCCAGGCUCAGAUGUGAAGCCAGCUACCCAGGAGCCAAACCAUUGGCCAUUUCAAAGGAUCUGCAUGUGACAUUUUCACCAAAAGAUGUAAUAGUUCAGGUCCAGUCCUUGAGAGUGCAUGAGGGUGGCAACGCCUUGUUGGUCUGCUCAUGUAAAGCUGAUCCUCCGGUGUCCGAGUACCGCUGGUCCUACAGUCAACACGGCCGCACGGUGCACCUCCACCAGCGCUCGCACAUAGUCCGGGUGUUCAACGUGACCCGGGACAUGAGGGUCCGCUGCUCAGCACAGAACCUGAUAGGUCGAGGAGAGUCCCGGGCCACGCCGCUGAAUGUACAAUAUAAACCGGUCAUCCUCCGGCUCUCCUCCACCUGUGUUGUGGAGGAUCUGGAGGUGCUGUGUCACUGUUCAGUCGACUCCCAACCCAAACCAGCAGUCACCUGGAGCGUGAAUGGAACCGUUCCACCUCGUGAUUACAACGUGUCGGUAACAUCUGAGCCAGAAAUGCUUACAGCCACUCUGAAGGGCCGAAUGGACAAACCACAGACUGUUAUCUGCUUUGCUCUCAACGCACUGGGAAACGACUCCCUGACGUUGCUGCAGGGAGGACAAGAGACAACACUUUUGUUGUGGUUGGUGAUACCUGCAGUGUCCAUCUGCCUGGUCAUAUUCCUUCUGUCUCUGUUUUUCUACUGCUGCCGAAAGAGAGCUGGGGAACGUAUGCUUAGUAGACGCGCAGCUGUGUACCCUGAAGGAUUGGGGAUUUAUCAGGACCAGAUGCCCCUCUACAUUAACUGCACAGAAGUGACUCAUAUCUACACCAACGGCAGCUACCAACUUGUAUACCAGAACUGCACACCUCUUUUUGUCCAUACUAAGCAGAUCCAUCCAAUAGGCAGAAGAGGUGGGGAGAGAAGAAGAAGAGGAGGAGAGGGUGGAGGAAUGGACAGACGAGCAGGUGUAGGAGUCAGAGCUACACGAGAGGUGCAGAGUUCUGCUGUGGCAGAUGCAGAGACUGCGAUCUACUUGGAGAUUCUCUGAGCUCACUGUGGAGACGUCACAUGAUUCACCUGCUACAUUAAACUCACUUUAGACUUCAGAUUCAUUCUCAAACUGAUGGUAAUGCAUAGUUCAUGUAAGUUUCAGUUAUUGUAUAUAUUCUACAUCCAUUGAGUGAUCUCUUGAAUAUUAGUUUUAGUCUAUUGCUCUCCUAAUUUCCAUAUUGAACCAUUUCUAUCUAUUUCAGUCUUUGCCUGUGACCUGCCUC